CCCAGAAAAAGCUGAAGAAAAAAACUAUAUAGAUUCCUUGUACUUGUUGAAAAAGCAGUUCAGAUGAGAGAAAGAAAGAAAGAAAGUCUGGUUAGAGAUCAGACAAGAACUUUUUUUUGGUCCCACUUUGUUACUUUGACCCCACAAAUUCAUACACACGUACCCGAAACUCCUCUUGUUUUCAUAUUCUUUUAAUUUUUUUUUUAAUGUCAACUCGAGUUAGAUCUCUCUCUCUGAUCAUCCAAAAAGUCUUUGUAGCCUAAUCAUAGGCACUAGAAACUGAUUUUUCCUUUUCCUGCAAAAGAAAACAUAACAAGAUUUUGUCCUCAGCAAAUUGCAUGUUUGAUCAAAGACAAAAGCAGACAAAUCUAGAAAAUGAGUUUGCAAAUGGCAAACGAAUUUAUCAGAGCUAAAGAUAGUUAGAUUAGGUGCUUCUGAGAAUGAAUAUGAAUGUAAAUUCUAUAAAAUAAAACUGCCGACGAAGAAUACAAAAAAAAAGAAGUGAAAAGAUGAAAAAUGGAAGAGGAAAGUAGUUCAGAGCAUUUAAACAAAAAUAAAUAAAUAAACAGAGGAAGGUGCUUCGAUUUAUAUAAAUGUUUUUGAUAACAGCUGUUCAAAAUGUUAAGAUUUAGAGUAUCAUUAAAACCAAAAUAUAAAUGCAAUAGUAAUUGAGACAGUUGAGAAUUGUAAUGAGCGUUACGUCAGAUUAUAAAUACGAAUUUAAUUCCACCUUCAUUGCUCUCUUCUCGCUCACCUCUUCAAAGAAAGAAAGAAAUAAUUAUUGUCAUGCUCAUGAUGAUGCUACGAAUUUUAUUUGUUUUCUCUCAUUUCUUAUCUUUAUUUUUUCUUCGUCAUUACACUAGUUGACAUGUCUUUAAAAUAACUCAAUUUCUCUUCUUAUCAUUCACUAAAUGCCACCUUUCUGUUGCCGCUUUCCAAUUUUAGCAAUCUCAUCUUUCAAAGCUCCAUGUUCCCUUAUUCAAUUCUUGCUUCCUACCUCUCCUUUUCUCUCAAUUAUAACGAUCCUUUGAUUAACCUUCUACAUUCAUAGAGUUUAUAAUUCGUAACCCCACACAGAGCCAAACUGGUUAGAUGGUAUUAACUUCUUUUAGGUUAUUGGAAUUGACAUCAACCAAAGUUUAGAGAUUUUUUUUGUUUCUUUACGUGUAACAUUUCUAAAGAGGGUUGUUAGAGAGCUCUAACGUUGGGGAAAGAGAAUACUCGUAAAAUUAUUAACCCUUAGGUUUUCGGUUCGAAAAGGUUAUGUGUAUAUUAGAAAAAAAUGUUAGACAAUUUUUUUUUGAAAACUUUUCCCUGUCAUUAAGAGGAAAAAUAUACUUUCUAGUACACCAAUUAGCCUUCUAUUAAUUAUAGAAUUGUUGUAUGAACGUUCCGUCUACUCUACUCUAAUUUACUACUAUCAUCUAAUCAUAUUCAUGUCGGAUAUGAGAGAAGUGUAUGUGAGUUUCAUGAUGACAAGAGGAGACAUGUGAGUGAUGAAAAGAUCGAGUAGAUAGACUGGCAUUUUGAGGGAGAGAGAGUGAGAUAGUAGAUUUGGUGUGGGCACAUUCUCAAAUAUGAGCCCCACCAAGAUAUUUGAGGACCAAUUGGUCAACAAACACAUAGCGUAAAACUAUUAUAAACGUACUUAUUCUCGCAUGCAAUUGCACGUCCACAAAUACAAAUAAAGCAUGCAAAAAUUAUCCCUACCCUUGAGUCUUGAAUCUGACAGAAUGAAGAAUAAAUAUUCAUGCUUAGCUUAAUUAGUUAUAGACUCUAACUCUUAAGAUAUACACAUGUUGAUGUUAUAUCUAUACAUAUCAACCCUAGCUAACUAAUUACAAACAUAAUGCUUAUUAUUUAGAUAAGUAUCUCAACGUGGUCAGUCCACGUCUGCAACUCUUAGCCCACACAAUUCGCCGUCCACGAGAUUUAUGUAUUAUGACUAGUCACGGUCGUAUAUCAUAGACAAUUAGGUGUCUGGAUCACUCAUCGACAAAAUUAAACAUAUUAUUCAUAAGCGUUUGUGAUCACAUUUAGUGGUUAAACAUGCAGAAGUACGUACGUUUUAUACUAUAUCGAGUUUUUCGAAUGUCGCCCGAUGUCUAAGCUUUAGCUUUCAAGUAUUGUUCUUUAAGAUGAUCCUUAACGUAUUCGCCACUGACAUCACAGUAUCAUACAAACAAAUUUCACCCUUACUAGUAUAUCUUGACGAAGUUUAAAGAAGGUAUGCCAUACUUUUAAUUUUUUAUAUUUUGUUUUUUCUAAUUAAUUAUUUAAUUAUUGCUUCUAUGAAUGCAUUUAAACUUGAGUGGUUGAAAUCUUAUAUGCUAUUCUUUAUUGUGAGUACAGUACACAUUUAAACUUCAAUAGUUUUCUACUUUCUUUGUAUCCUCUAUAUUUUUUUUCAAUUCUCACUGACAUCUUUUGUAUCAAUUUAUAAGGAGCAAUACUGUCAGAACAUUAAACUUGAAUUGUUAUUAUUAAAUUUUAGCAUUAUCGUCAAUCAUGGAAAUUACUUUUACUACUUGAUGAAGCUUAUAAAUAUUUAAUUUUUAGAUGAGUACUGUUCUUAUCACUGAUAUAUAUAUAUCCUUUGAAAUAACAAUAUUCUUCUACGGUAUUGAUUUAUCGAGGGUGGCUGGUUAUACGAGUUAAAAGAUUUUAUAAGCUUCAUAAACAACAAUGCUUCCAACAACAAAAAUUAUGUCAACAAUUAAUGUCUUGCUAAUGAGCAAGUUUUUCAAUUUUUUGUUCUUUUAGUUUUUCAUGUUUUCUUUUUGCAUAAACCUUUUUUUUUGUCCAAAAGACUAAUGCAUGUACAUGCCGUUUUCUUCUUUUUUUUGUGGUAAUCCAAGAUAACCUAACUAAUUCCACAUGUGUUAAAGUUCAUAAAAACACAUGCAUACAAUAAAAUUAUACAACACAUAACACGUUACUAUUGCUUCUUUUUCUUUUCUUUCUAUAAAAUGUUCCUCAAUAGCACUGAUUCUUCUUCAUAAUGGAUGUAUACAGACUUGCGUCUGACUGGGCCAAAUUCUACUGAGUAGCCCAUUUGUUUUGUCUUUCUUUGUGUGAGAAUGACGUGGCCUUUUGCCCCAGCUUCCUUCAAGUUGACUCUCUCUGUUUCUAUUUGCUUCGAUCCAUAAUCUUCCACAAUAUAUAAACCUAAGACACAACUUGCUUUGAUUCACAUUUUGUUAUUCCAAAUAAACCAUUAAGUAGGAGAGUUUGGUAAAGGUAGUUAAACUUAUCAUUAAAUUUUUGUUUAAAUACACAAUUUUCUACAAUAGUACACAACUUUUUAACAUUAAUAUUUCACACAAAAUAACUCAACUAAAUAAAACAUAAUGCGGGUUGAGUUUGACCCAAAACGGUUACAACUUACAACGGUUUGGCGGAAAAAAUGCAAAAUCGGGCAUCCCAAGAAAUGCGACGUUUUAAAUAAAAAUAAAAAAAAAGUAAGGGAAUCGUCUUUUUCAAGCAAUCUCAGACUUCCCCUUUGCUUCUCUCUUAUCCCCAAUGCUUUUAAUCAUUUCAUUGUUAACUCCACUUUCCUUAUGCUUCUCUCUCUCAUUUAGAAGUUUUCCUAAAUCUCAGAAAACCACUGCUUUUCAUUAGAAGGUUUUCGGAUUGGAUUCAAGACUAAAGUCUGUUUAGUUGAUCAAAGAUGCUGGGAGAUUUCAUUACAAGAAUCAUAAUAUUGCUUGUGGGUUACGCGUACCCUGCAUAUGGAUGCUACAAAAGCGUGGAAAAGAAAAAACCUGAGAUUCAAGAACUUAGAUACUGGUGCAAGUAUUGGAUCUUGGUGGGUAUUCUUACAGUUCUCGAAAGGAUAGGAGACAUCAUUGUAUCAUGGUUUCCGCUGUACGGGGAGAUCAAAAUCGCUCUUCUUGUCUGUUUAUGGUACCCUAAAUCACAGGGGAUUAGCUACGUCUACGAGAAGCUUCUAUGUCCCUACAUGUCAAGGCAUGAAUUAAACAUUGAUCAAGGGAUCUUAGUUUUAAAGAUUCGAGGACAUACUGUAAUUGUUCAACUACUGCAAUACAUCUAUCAAUGGACUCUUCAAAUCUUUAGACACCUGCAGCAACAAUUCGACAAGGUAUGUAAUGAACACAAACAGAUUCAAUCUCACUCUCUCGUUUUCAUGAAUCCACUCUCUUCUUAUUCUGCAGAAAAAUGAACGAUCAAAGUCCAAAGAGAGACACAAAGCAGGAGCUUCGUUCAUGUUUCUCCGUUAGCUUGUAGCAAGAGAACCAGGAUUACAAUAACCGGUUGUAAUAACCGGUUCACCACAAAUUAAAUUUGUAAACCCAAACCGGACCAUACCGGAACUGCUGAGAGAAUCAUGUAACUAUACAAUUUUAGAAAUCGAAAUCAAUAUCUUUUGAUUUUAUUGUAUACAAAAACAAUUGUGUUCAUCAACUCUACUUAACAA